UUAAAUUUAUACACGACAGAUCUCCAGCUUGUGAACUAACACAAGAGUACGCAUUCAGGUCGAAUUUACCAUGCAAAUAAGUUUAGAUUAAGCAAGAAACUGUUGAUUUUAUUGCUGUGUUAAAAGAGUCUUUGUCAGAAGAAAAAUGGCGUUGUACCAAAAGGAGACUAUAAGUCUUAGGUACCCCAUACCUGAGUCACCAUGGCAGCCACUAAGACAGAUGACAUACACUGUGUGGCUGUUGAGAUUAUUGAACAAGAAGACCAAAGUACACAGCAAGAAGAUACGUCCUACCAGGCAGGAAGGGUCAAGGGUCAUUUGGAGGUCAAAGGGAUUUUACCGACAGCAACAGGGAUCAGAACCAGGGACAGAAAGGCUGCUCCAACCAAGCGGACGGGACAAGCAACCAAAAUCACUGGGAUUGCCACGGCAAAAAUAGGAAUCAUACCUUUAGCAAAAAAGACCAUUCCGACAAAAGUAGAGGUGAAAGAGGUCAUUGUGCCAGUCACAGAUGAAGUUAGAGAUGCAUCUACAGGGUCUGCAAGUAGUAAUGGGAAUGUAGAAUCACAAGAAACCACAACUCGCCAAACAGAUUCAAAUGACAAAGAAGAGGCCUCCUCUAAGAAUAACUGGACUUCAUCAACGAGGGUGAUAGAAAUUUCAGUGAAUGGUGACACAGGAGAGAAGUUCUUUCAGAUCGUUAUUGAUCAGCCAACAUCAGCAUCUCAAUCAAGAAAUGAAGAGUCAAUGGCAGCAUCUUCAAGUCAGUCAGGAAGUGGAAGUGCAGAGGAAUCCUUUAAGGCAUCAGCUGCCAUCUUAGAUGCCGUCAAUUUGGCCUCAGUAAGACCCAUUAAAGAGGAACCUGUGAGAGAACUGCGAGAGUAUCCACUGAACUGCCCUACAUGGGCCACUAAACUGAAACAAUGUGAGGAAAUUGGCAAUUCCUACCGGGGCUAUGUGGAGAGUGAGGCGGAGCUGGACGUCUUGUUGACCUUUCACAGACAACAGACUGGAACAACAUGGGGUACUAGGCAGUCUCCGAGUGCUGCUAAGGAGUCGAAACGACUGAUGUGGAAGUCUAACUAUGUGCCUUAUGAUGGAAUGCCCUUCCUGAAUCUCGGGAGCCGUGCUAUUGUGAUGGAAUGUCAGUAUGGUCCAAGGCGGAAAGGGGGUCCCCUGAAAAGAUCUAUCACCAACAAGAAAGCUGCAAAGGGAUCCUGCACUUGCCCAGCAAGGAUCUACGUGAAGAAAGUGAGAAAGUUUCCUGACUUUCAGGUGGACACAUCUCCCGAGAUUGACAAGAUGACCGUAAAGCGAAACAUGGAUAAAGUGUUUCAGAUCAUGAAGGAGGUCGGUGUAGACGAAAUCCCUGGAGUGGAAAGAUAUUACGUUCAGCUGCCAACCAGCAAGGCGCACGAGUAUCACAUGACACCCGACUACCCAAUCAGUCAGGAGCCACUGUGCAUGGACUCAAGCAAAGAGGCGAGGCUGCACCCUGAACUCAGCGACAAGAUUCGGGAGUUGGUUGCCAAUGGGGAGAUUAAUGCAUAUACCAUAAGACAAGUAUUACGAGCUCAGGUGACGCAGACAAUGUUCGCUGUUGGCAAGGUUCCGGAGCGUCGAAACCUUUACUUCUUCCCGACCAUCAUUGAUAUUAAGAAUCAUGUCCUCCUUGCAAUCAGCGCCAUUGAAAAAGGUGAACUGGAGGCAGUUGUUCCAGUAACAAUCACAGAUGCACGAGCCAUAACGGAGCCCCCACCCUCAUCCAUGACUCCUGCAAACAUCCACUCAUUCAAUAGUCAACUGUGGGAGUCCUCAGAGGAGCAGGAUAACAGCACUGAGAUGAAACCAGCCUCAUCAAAACGCCAGAUGUGGCCGACAGAUUCCAGCCGGCCACAAACCCAUUCAGUCACUGUCACUCUGACGCAGAAUCCUGAGGAGGGAGGAAGCUUUAUAUCGCAAGUAGAGACUCACCUGAGUGACGGCACAACGUACAUAUCAGACUCUCUCAGCCCGGAAACGGCACGGCUUCUCUCUCAGAUCAACCAACAUUGUCAGGAGGUCCAGCAGACCGAGGAAGAUGACCCACUGGAUAUGAAUGAAAUUGUGUCAAAUGAACCUGGAGAUAUCGACCAAUCAGGGAGCUUGUUGCAGGACCAGAAACCCAUCACUGAAGAGAUGAGCCAAUCAGAGACUAUCAUUGAUACCGAGAAGAACGAUCCAACUCUAAGCCAAUCAAGUGCCAUGAUGGGAUUGAGUGAUGACACUUCAUCCGAUGAAGGAAACAACCAAUCAGAGACUCUGUUAGAAACUGGAGGUAGCGGUGCCCAACCAGUGACUUUGUUAGAAACACCAAAUGUGGACAUGAGCAGCUCUGGGGAGCUGCUUGAUGAUGCAGGGGCAAGCAUUGACCAAUCAAAACAUUUGUUAGAUUCAGACCCAAUAGCAACUGACCAACCAGAUCCCUUGUUACAGGAAAGUGAGGAAAUGGGCCAAUCAAACACAGAGUCCAUGGAAGCUGAGGAGUUGCUUCUCAGAACAGCCAAUCAACUCGCAGAUCUUGAAGAAGAUUCUCCAGUGAGGAAGCUUGCCAGAUACGAUGUUUAGCAAAACAUAACCAGGUGCUUUUAUCACUUAAUACUCCAUUUAUUCCAACUUGGUUAAACCUGGUUUUAUUUAUUAUAUCUUUGUAGUUUGUUCACAAGUUUGUGAGCAUGUAAAACGCAAUGACAUCUCAGUAUACGCUUUCAGGUUAUCAGACUAUUUUUGUCUGUUCCAAAGAGAAAACGUCGGAUUCAAAUGAAAUGUAAAAGCUGCAUCACUGUCUAGUUCUCAACCUGGAAUAUCUAGUUGAGCAGAAACAGUUACCAAUCCUCUGCUAACGUUUUGCUUUCCAGAAACACUAAGCAUGAAUAUCAUCUGCUGAGCAGCUCUAUGAUAUAACCCCUGCUUAGUUUAAACUCCAAUCCUAUCAGAAAACUUUGCCAUCUCUUCAAUUUGUGUGGAUAAUUUGGGAGCGUUGUUUGCUCUAUACACUAGCCCUCCAUACUACAUAGACAGCAUCAGUAAUCCUUGUCAUUUUACUCAUUUAGCAAGCACAGUCUGAUUGGCAUGUGUAGGUGUACCAGUGGGAGGGGGGGGGCGAAGCAUGUGCCAAGAUGCUGCCCUGAUCUUUAUGCUCGCACAAUUUUCUUGUGUGCUAGUUGGUCAAUUCAUUUGUGUGCCAUUGGGUAUAGAGGGUGUAUCAUGGACUUGUAUACCAAGUAAUAACACACCAAGAGCACUGCUGCGGGCCUGGAAUUACACACUGGCCACUGAGACCUCCAUGGCCUCCAUUGCCCCCCGGUCUUGGCCUUGGUGCCGCUUCAGAUGUGUCCCAUAGACUUUAAUACUUCACAAUGGAAGUUCCCUUUGCAAAACGGAAAUGGCUGUGCCCUCUUAAAGGCAGUGGACACUAUUUGUAAUGACUUAAAAUAAUCAUUAGCAUAAAACCUUUCUUGGUGACGAGUA